GCCCAUUAUACAUUCACUGGUUGUAUCGCACUGGACAGCGGAGGCUUCUAGUCUGAAGUACCCAAUUUGUUUGAUUGUUUAUUUAUUUAUUCAUUCCGUUAGAAAAAGUUUCUAUCCCGGUAAAAAUGAGCAGUACGCGGAGCUUGUGCACGUUCUCGGAUUUCAGAGCAGGAGAAAGAGCGGAUGGGUGCCGGAGACUCCGACUGACCCUGCACGACCAAAUCCAUUAUCAGCCCACCGUAGGAAAGCCUAUUGGCAGAGCGUUUGCUUUGGUGCAGCCGACGAGCGAGAAGCAGCCACUCAAGGACGAGCCAACCAAAGUCGAAGAGAAGGUCGAAGUCAUAAAGGUGUAUCUGCAAGCACAGAAAAAGGAACAGGACAGGAGUCAGCAGAGUCUGAAAAUGCUCUCGGAUGAGGUUUCACAAAUAAAAGAGGUGCGAUACUGUUUGAAGAGCCUGAGGGAGCAGAUGGCAGCAAAAAGCAACCACAGAACAGAGCACAAGAUGCAGUUAACUCAAACUGGUGUGAACAGAGGACAUUGUGCUCUGACAUCACUAUCAAAACAGGACAAUGAAGACAAACAGGAGAUUGUGGAUGAGCAGGAGCGAGACAAAAUGAGGGAAGUCAGCAAGCGGCUGUACAGUCAGCUUCAGGAGGCAGAAAAGAGACACCAAGAGGAGAAGGACAAAUUACAGGCUGAGGCAGGUCAGUACAAAAGGCAGCUCUCUGAGCAGAGUGAUCAGCUGAAGGAAGCUCAAGUUAAUGCACAGCAGCAGGACCAGCACAUCAGAGAGCUCCAGCGGCUGAUGGGUGGCAUGGAACAGGAGAGUUCGUCUCUUAGGGAAGAGUUAAUGACCAGGGAGUCGGAGCUGUUGCGGCUACGUGAGCUGAAAGAGGAGGGGCAAGCUGACAGGGAGAGAUUGGAGGAUUUGGAGAAGGAAAAUGCCAUCCUUAAAGAGAAGAUACACCACCUUGAUGAUAUGCUCAAGAGCCAGCAGAGGAAACUCAGACAGAUGAUUGAACAGCUGCAGAACUCGCGAAUGGUGAUUCAGGAGAGGGACCGUGUCAUUAAAGAACUGGAGGAGAAAGUUGCUUUCCUUGAAGCAGAGAAUACAGAGCUGCGUGAUCAGAUGGACUAUUUCCUGAAUGGCCAAAGGCCAAACUCUGGGCUGUUGUCAGAUUCCAAUGCUCAAAUUGUCUACAGUAAGCCACUGAAGCCGUCCACACUAAGCAACAAGAACCUGCCGUACAUUAAAGUCAUAGAGAUCAAGUCAUGAGCACAAACUUCAUGACAACGCUGUAACCACGUUAACGCAAUCCGCAUCAGAAUGCAGCAGGUCGGCGGCUCCGUACGUUCUCAAGCACAACAGCCUGUAGUAAAGCUCCACAACGUCUUGUGCUAGGAACCACAGCGGCACGCUGCCCUUGCUAGCUAUCUUCCUGACUACAGAUGUGCACAGCUGCAGCUCAACAUGAUAUGUAUUGUAUUGCAAAUUAUUGUAUUGUAUGUAAUGAAUUUUCAGUUACGUGUCGAUGUAAAUAGUCUAGAUGUAGGUUUCAACAUCACAGUGUGUCUGUGAGCAUGCAUAUAAUGACUUGAACUCAGCUGAAGUAGGGGUUUAGAGGUGUUAAAUAUACGUAGACGAGCUUUUAACCAGAAAUGAAGACGAAGCAGAACUGAGUGAAGAGAGGGAGUGAAUGGUGCGGUAUGGCAUUCCUUUGAGGCUGGCUCUCUGAACACAAUCCCCACAAUCUUUUGUGAAUAAACAGACAGAGGGAAACAUUGUGUUCCUUUCACUUUCUCUCACUCUUUCUGUUUAACCUGGAGUUGAAUUACAGAACUUUUGUUUAUCAAAAAGAUCUUACAGCUAACAGAUCUGUGUAAGAACGAGAUAUAGAACGAGAGCAGGGAGCUUUACCAGAUUCUUGGCCUUAAUGAAGGAAUUAUAGAGUAUCUGGUGUUAAAAAUAUCUUUUAAAUUCUGCUACUAAAAAGAAAAAGAUAUCCAUGACGAGCUAACAGGUAUAAACCUGUUUCAUUUGAUAUGGAAACUCAAACCACACAGUGGUUUUGUGCUGUUGAGAGACACACAUAUUGAGUUUCAGCCUUUAGUCUGAGAUCUUUUCUAGGCACUAAAUCUAAAUUACACCCUUUAGUAUAGGUCAAGUCGAAGUCUACUAAAAUGUUAACCUAAUUGUAAAUUGUCAGGAUCCCCACUGUCCUAGAAUAUCUGACUGUUUCUAACACCGAUGUUAUAAGGUAGGCCAGAAUGCCUUGAAUAAAUAAAUCUUUGAGAGACUCCGUCUGCUGUUAGGACAAGAAAAUAAAUGUAUGAAGUAACAAUCCUCAUUACUUGGGAGUUGAAGAAGAAUCAUGUUAAUUUCAUGUACAUAAAAAGACAUUUUUUGGAAAAUGCAUUUCACUGACAUUAAAUUCAACACGUGUACAUAUUUUAUUUUUACUUUAA